AUGAGAAAGAAUGAGUAUGACUUAUAUGUAGAUGAUUAGAUCUAAUCUACAAAAUAUUAAUUAACUCUAAAAUGUAAAUAUCAUACAAAAGUUUCAUAAAUAAAAAAGUAUUUUUACAAAUACAUCAAAUAAAAUAUUGAGAUUAUUCAUAAUGAUUUUACACUCUAAGAUUAUAUGAUUGUAGAUUAGAUAUUCUCUCGAUAUUGUUAAAAUAUUAUUACUAUAUGCUUAAAAGCAAAUCCAAUGAUUGAUUGUUUUGUUAAACAUCAAAUGUAAUACUAAAAUUUACUAAAAUAAAAAACUACUUAAAAUGAAAAAAUAUUAGAGGAGCUUUCAAAAAUGGAAGAUCCUUAAAGUGAUUUAGAUACUCAAUCAACAAUUACAUUAAAGAAAUGUACAAAUUGUGGAAUCUAUGAUAAAAUGAUUGAAAACUAUUAAAGUUCAAUAUUGAAUCUAAUAGAAGAAAAUGAACAAUUGUAAUUAAAAAUGAAAUAACUUCAAGAUCAACAAAAAAUAAUAUUAUAGAAUGA